AUGAAUGCGAUUUGCGUAGCAACAGAUACUAUAUCAAUGAACCAACAAGUUGUAGAUGGUGAAACAUUAGUUUCAGCAGGAGGUAUCUUUGAGCUUGGUUUCUUCAGUCCUAAUGGAUCCCAAGGGCGAUAUGUCGGGAUAUGGUACAAGGGAUUACCAGUUGAAAAAGUUGCAUGGGUUGCAAACCGCGAAAGAGCAAUUGGAUCAUAUGGAGUUCUUAUGAUUAAUGCAAGUGAUGGAAAUUUAGUCCUUGUGGAUGAUAAAAAUAUGCCUGUCUGGUCUACAGAAAUUAAUCUGGUAUCGAACAAUAACACAAUUGCUGUGCUGACUGAUCAGGGGAAUCUUGUUCUCCGCGAUAAGAACGAGUUGAAUGAAUCUGUACUGUUAUGGGAGAGCUUCAAUCAUCCAUCCGAUACUCUCUUGCCUCGUAUGAAGAUUGGGCAGAAUACUAGAACAGGGGAGCAAAUAGUCGUCACGUCGUGGAAAGAUGAGAAAAAUCCAUCACUGGGAAGUUUUAGCACUGCUGUGGUGGAUCCUCAUGAACUUUUACAAGUACUUAUUUUGAAUGGCUCAUCGAAGCAUUUCAGAUCGGGGCAGUGGAACCGGAGAAGUUUCAUAGGAGUGCCUAGCAUGACUAAAGACUUCCACAAUGGCUUUCAACUACUUAUGGAUAAUAAUGGGGAGGAACUUUAUUUUACUUAUGCUAUACUCAAUUACUCUGCUCCAACAUUGAUAUACUUUGAUUCCUACGGAGCGAUAAUUCAAAUGGAUUGGGAUGCAGAAGAGAAUAAAUGGUUAAAGGUGCAGGUAGUACCUAAAGGUCAAUGUGAUUUGUAUAACACAUGUGGUCCUUUUGGAAGUUGCAAGGAUAAUGAUUCACCAAUAUGCAAAUGUUUGAAGGGCUAUGAACCAAAGUCUAUCGGUGAAUGGAACGAGGGGAAUUGGACUAGUGGUUGUGUCCGGAGAGCACAAUUUCAGUGUGAGGAGACGAUCACUAGUCCGAAUUCUGAUGAUGAGAGAAAGAGAGGGGAUGUGUUUUUAUCCGUUUCAGGGAUGAAACUACCAGAUUUCUCACAUUACCUACCUACUUGGGAUAAAAUGGAAUGCGAAAAUUCUUGCUUGAAGAAUUGUUCUUGUUUGGCAUAUGCUUAUGUGGAUGGAAUAGGCUGCAUGAUUUGGGGAAAAGAACUUAUUGACCUCCAAGAGUUCACCCGUGGUGGAGAGCAACUAUACAUUCGCCUCGCACAUUCCCAACUUGAUAAGAGGAGGAUGCUAACGGGAGCCCAUAUUGCAAUUAUUGUCUCAGCGACAUUCGGCCUGAUUCUUAUUGUUUGCACUAUAUAUGUAUUGAAGAUCAGGAAAAAAGGCAUUGGGAGUUUAGUCCCUUUUCGCAUAGCUUCAAAACACUCUUCAGCAACAAAUUUGCUUCAUAACAGUUUUACUCAAGGUAGAAGUACAGAAUUACCAGUUUUCAGCUUCAAGUGCAUAGAAACUGCUACUAAGAACUUUUGCUAUCGAAAUAAACUUGGAGAGGGGGGAUUUGGACCUGUAUACAAGGGGGUAUUAGCAAAUGGACAAGAGGUUGCUAUUAAACGACUUUCGAGGAGCUCAGGACAAGGCAUUGAAGAGUUCAAGAAUGAGGUUACACUGAUUUCUGGACUUCAACACAGAAACUUAGUCAAACUGAUGGGGUUUUGCGUUCACGGGGAGGAAAAGUUGCUGAUCUAUGAAUACAUGUCCAACAGAAGCUUAGACGUUUUCAUAUUCGGAGGAUCAAGAUCUAAUGAUAAGGCGGCAUUGAGUUGGAAUCAACGAUAUAGUAUCAUUGAAGGGAUAGCUAGAGGUCUUCUUUAUCUGCAUCGUGAUUCACGACUAAAAAUCAUUCACAGAGAUCUUAAGUCAAGCAAUAUUCUGUUAGACGAAGAUAUGAAUCCCAAAAUCUCAGAUUUUGGAAUGGCUAGGAUUUUCGGAGGGAAUCAAACUAUAGCAAAUACCAACAGGAUUGCCGGUACCUAUGGUUACAUGUCCCCUGAAUAUGCAAUACAAGGAAUUUUUUCCGAGAAGUCGGAUGUCUUCAGUUUUGGUGUCAUAUUGUUAGAGAUUAUCAGCAGUAAAAGAAACAACAGCUAUUGUCACUCUGAAGACUCUCGCAACCUCCCGGACCAGGCAUGGCAACUGUGGAAUGAAGGCAAGAUACUCGAGUUUCCGGAUCCAAAGGUGUUUGGUUCACUUGAAACACCAACACAAGUUGUUAGAUGCAUCAUUGUGGGAUUGCUUUGUGUGCAAGAACAUGCAAGUUACAGGCCAAAUACAGCUACAAUUGUUUCCAUGCUCUGCAGUGACACACUUCUUCCUCCGCCUAAGCGACCGGCAUAUAGCAGCAGAGGCUCUGAUGAUCCAAAUAUUUCACCUUGCUCCAGAAAUUCCAUUUCUAUUUCAAAUGUUGAAGGACGUUGA